AUGGUACAUGGCCCGCACCUUUGUCACGAUCUCAACUGGAUAGAAGCUGACUCUGCGUCUAAUCAGUUACCCCUUGGCCUUCUCACGGCCGCCCAGGGCCACCCGAUGCUGGUGGAGCUUAAAAACGGCGAAACCCUCAACGGCCACCUGGUCACCUGCGACAACUGGAUGAACCUGAUUCUGCGCGAGGUGGUCCAGACAAGUCCCGAAGGCGACCGAUUCUUCAAGCUCCCCGAAGUCUACAUUCGGGGCAACAACGUAUGUCCUCUGGCACGCAGCGGUGUCCCUAGGUGGGGUGGAGGAACUUGA